UGGCUAAGAGACAGGAAGCAGUGUGGUCUCCAGAUUCCUGCUGGCUGUGAAGUUAGUAGUCUCCCAGAGUGUUGGCCUCUGUAAAUAAUAGCUGGUGGGAAUAGACACAAAUAAUAAAAGGACACUGGUGCUGCACUUCAGUUGGUCUCUGACUGCAUUUCUGGAGGGGCUGAGAGCAGGCACUGCUACAGUGUGUCUGACUAGUUGUGUGUCUCAGUGUCACUUUCUUAUCAGUGUUGCUUUCUUUCUUCCACCUCAUAACACGCUCUCCUUCCUCUGUCAGUGUUUCUCUCUUUUUGGGUAUCACUUCUCUUUCCUCUACAUUCUGCUGCAUCCUCUCCAGGCAGUGUCCUUGAACCUCUCGCUCCCUGCUUCACACACACCCCUCACCCAGCACAGGAUGGACUCCCUGCCUCUGCUCCUCUACCUGUGUGCAGUGCUGGCACAGAGCCGUGGAUUCAGUGUGGAAGUGGAGGGACCCAUCACCUUCCAGGAGGCUGCUGCGGGGUUUGGGCAGAGCGUGGUGCAGUUUGGGAGAGCCAGCGCUGGGGGGCUGCUCGUUGGAGCCCCGCUGCAGAUGGGAGACGUGAAUGAAACCGGCAAAGUCUACAAGUGUGACCCGGGCUCUGGACAAUGCCAGAAGAUCCUCAUCCAGAGGCCCCCCGAUGCUAUGAAGAUGUCCCUUGGUUUGUCUCUGGCUGCCCGGGGCUCCCAGCUCCUGGCAUGCGGCCCCACGGUGCACCAGACCUGCGGGGAGAACAUGUAUGUCAAAGGCUACUGCUUCCUCCUGGACCAGAACCUCCAGCAGCUCCAGCACAUCCCAGACAGUCUGCCAGAGUGCCCCAAACACCCCACAGACAUCGUGUUCCUCAUCGACGGCUCAGGCAGCAUUGGUUACCAUGACUUUGAAACGAUGAAGACGUUUGUCAUCGAGGUCAUAAGGCGUUUCCGUGGCACCGACACGCUGUUUGCCCUCAUGCAGUUCUCCAGCACUUUUGAGGAGCACUUUGACUUCAACAAGUUUGAGAGCACCCAUGACAUAGAUUCACUCGUCCGUCAAGUUAGACAGCUCAGAGACUAUACCUACACAGCCACUGCCAUCCAGAAAGUGGUGAGGGAGCUGUUCGUCUCACGGAAAGGAUCCCGGGAUGGAGCUGCCAGGAUUCUCAUUGUGGUAACAGACGGCAUGAAAAAUGAUUACCUUCAAUACUCAGCAGUGAUUCCAGAGGCAGAGAGAGCUGGGAUCAUCCGCUACGCCAUUGGGGUUGGCGAUGCCUUCUCCCAGUAUCGUGCCCAGCGGGAGCUCCAUGAGAUCGCCUCUAAUCCCACCGACGAGCACAUCUUCCAGGUGAAUGAUUUUGAUGCCCUCCGGGGCAUCCAGAACCAGCUGCAGGAGAAGAUCUUUGCCAUUGAAGGCACCCAGUCCCAGAGUGGCAGCUCCUUCCAGCUGGAGAUGUCUCAGGAUGGAUUCAGCUCCCUGCUGUCCCCUGAUGGGCCUGUGCUGGGAGUGGUGGGAGCCUAUGACUGGUCCGGUGGGAUAUACCUGUACGGGAGCAGCAGGGAGCCGAGCUUCAUCAAUGUGUCCAGAACCUCUGGGGACAUGGAAGAUGCUUACCUCGGUUAUUCAGUUCAGGUCAUCACAUCCCAGGGGCGGAGCAGCUAUGUGGUUGGGGCCCCUCGCCACAAUCACAUUGGCAAAGUCAUCCUAUUCAGGCAAGAUGACAAGCAUGGAGGAUGGCGGAUGGAAACUGAGGUGCUGGGAGAGCAGGUUGGCUCAUAUUUCGGGGGUACACUGUGCACUGUGGACCUUGACAGAGAUGGGAACACAGACCUGGUUCUGAUCGGAGCCCCCAUGUACUAUACACCUCUGAAUGGAGGGCGUGUCUAUAUCUGCCGGAUUAACCAGCAGGGGGUGAUGCAAAAGACCUGCGGCAAGACACUGCAGGGGCAGGCGUUCGGGCGCUUUGGGGCCAGCAUGUCUGAAAUCGGGGACAUCAGCGGGGACAGACAGAUGGACGUGGCCAUCGGGGCCCCCAUGGAGAACGACAAUCUUGGGGCCUUGUACAUCUUCCAUGGGGAAAAAAGAGGCCUCAGUCCCCAGUGCAGACAGCGCAUAGAGGGGUUGCUGUUUCCCAGCAGGCUGCACUACUUUGGCCAGGCCAUCAGUGGCGGGACAGACCUGACGGGGGAUGGACUCCCAGACAUUGCGGUGGGAGCACAAGGGCAGGUCCUGCUGCUGAGGUCCCGGCCGGUGCUCAAAGUUGGGGUCUCCAUCAGCUUCCAGCCCUCAACCAUCCCCACCUCGGCCUUUGACUGCCAGGGGCAGGAGCAGCUCAACACAGAGGCCAGCAGGGCAGAGGUCUGCUUCACCGUCACUAAGAGCACCAUGGACAGCCUAGGCAACAGGAUCUCCAGCACCAUCCAGUACAGCCUGGCCCUGGACCCCGGGCGGACGAAGAUCCGAGCUGCCUUCGACUCCACUGGCCCCGUCCUGAGCAGGGAGCUGCAACUCGGCAUCGAGACAAGAUGUGAGACAUACCAGAUAAUAUUACCUCUCUGCCCAGAGGACACCGUGACCCCCAUCACUCUGCGUCUCAACUACACCCUGACGGGGGAGCCCAUCAUUGCUGCCGGCCGCCUCAGACCCAUCCUGAGUGAGGACUCUGCGCCAGUGUCUGCAGGCUUGCUCCCGUUUCAGAAGGACUGUGGCACAGAUGGCUGCUGCGAUGACCAAUUAGAAAUCUCCUUCAAUUUCUCUGGCUUGAGCACCUUGGUGGUGGGGGUCACCCCUGAACUCAACACCACCGUCUCCAUCCAGAACCAUGGGGAGAAUUCCUACAGCACCAUAGUGCGGUUCUUCUACCCGGCUGCACUGUCCUACCGCCGAGUCCUGCUACUCCAGUCUAACAGGAGGGCCAUGGCCGUUAGGUGCAGCUCGGCAGUGGGCUCUGAGGAGCAGACUCAGAGGAACAGCACCUGCCACGUCAACCACCCCAUCUUCUGGAGCGGGGCUGAGGUCGUCUUUGUCGCCACCUUCGACGUCUCCUCUGAGGCCGACCUGGGGGACAGGCUGCAGAUCAUGGCCAAUGCCAGCAGUGACAAUGGAGGCCCCAUCACUGAGCGCAUGAUUCACCGGGCGGAGCUGCCGGUCAAGUACGGCAUCUUCAUCAUCCUCACCAGCCUUGAGGAGUCGACCAAGUACGUCAACUUCUCCUCCAAGGAGGCAGGGGCAAGCGUGCCAGUGACACAUCGGUACGAGGUCAAGAACCUGCGGCAGCGAAGCGUCCCCAUCUCGGUCACGUUCCAGUUCCCCGUGGAGCUGAGCGGGGUCCGGGUGUGGGACGCCUCUGAGGUCGUCCCCUCCAAGCCCCAGCUGGCCCAGUGCACCAGUGAGGCUGAAACAGCUGGUUCGAAGGACUUUGUGAAACAGAUGAGCGAGCGCCCCCUGCUGGACUGCUCCGUGGCCACCUGUAAGAAGAUCCGGUGCAGAAUCGCCUCUCUGGAAAUGCAGCAGCCACUGGAGUUCAUGAUCAAAGGAAGUGUCAGCUUCCAGUGGGUCUCCCAGACUCAGCAGCAGAAAGUGAGUCUGGUGAGCGAGGCCCAGAUUGAAUACGAGGAGAAGAAAUACACCCAGAAGGAGGGAUUCGUCCAGCGCCAGGUGCAGACGGUGGUGGAGCACUCCGAGGUCUAUAACUACCUGCCCAUCAUCGUGGGCAGCAGCGUGGGGGGCCUGGUCCUGCUGGCUCUCAUCACUGCAGCCCUCUACAAGCUUGGCUUCUUCAAGCGCCAGUACAAGCAGAUGAUGGAGGAUGGUGUGGAGGGCGAGGGGCCUGGCCGGACCCAGAGCACUGCCACUGGAAACCCCACUGUUUCUGAUGCCCCCAAACAAUAGCCUCCCCAUGUGCCAACGCCCCCAGCUUUGCCUCUUUCUGGGCUGCUCCAGAUUCACCCCCGCCCCCUUAUGUUGCCACCUCCAAGGUGCAGAAAGACUGGCCACUGGCCACCCUCCCACCAACAAAACACGUCCUAGUGCCAACUAGAGCCAGUCGUUACUCAGUUUAGACUUGGCCGAAUUCUAUUGAUCUUUUUAUAAUUUUGAUGGAGAAUUAUCCAGCAUAAUUGUCCUGAAAGCAGCCUCAGUGACACCGUUAUUCCCACGAGUUUUAUGCACAUUACGUCAGGACUAAGUUCUCCCACAACAAUUUUGGUUUGUUGUCUAGAGAUAUGUUUUGAUUAUCGAUGGAAACAUUGUGUCACUGGUUUGUGUGUGUGCGGUGAAACUGGUGUUUGCUGACAAUUACCCUCUGCCCACCCUUUCCAUCUAAUUCACUAUUCCUGAAGUGAAAAAGGAAAUAUUUGCUUGAUUGCUGAGGAAGUAGGCCUGACCUAUAUGGUUUGGUCGGGAAGGCUGCUGAGGGCAUGUGGUGAGACUCUUUGGUUGACUCUGAUACAGUUUUGUUAAAUUAGGCACUAGUAAACUUUUCUUCUUUUAUUUUCUUUGUAACUAUUCCUGGCUUUUAUGCCUCAUUUCUUGGACUCCCUUAAAAUCUCUCUUUGUAGUUAAUAAACUUGUUUUAGCUAA